CACAUUCACUGUCUGUGUAUUGCGUCAUCAAGAGAGCGACGCCCACCUUCUUUCUCUUGGAACCAAUGAGUGCCGCGGUUACUGGGAGGUGGUGCUAGAGCAAGAGAAGGCCGGGGGCCGGAGCGAAGAGGCAUCAUGUCAACUAGUGAUGGUACAAAUGGACCAAGUCAGCCAGCAUUAUUCCCUAACGGGUCACGCAUGAUGAGAGGCCAGUUUAUGAAUCCAGUCGCCCACUACUCUGCUGUGGGGCUUGGGGGCUUAGGUCCAAGGGGGCCUGUAGGACCACAUGGAAUGAUUCCCCCUUUGCUAGGACCCAUGGGAGGCCCUCAGAUGGGACAGGCCUGUCUGUUCCAGAUGCCUUCAAUGAUCCCCCCUCUCAUGUCUGGAAUGAUGAUGGCUACUCAUGUCGCUCAAGGAUUACCUCCAUCCAUGCAGGCUGGCAUAAACAGCAUGGAACCCCCACUUGUGCCACCACCUGUUGCUCAGGCAGUGCAUCCCAUAGUUGCAGCACAACAGGCUGUUUCAUCAAACAGCACAGGAAGCGAAGAACAAACAAAGCUGAAAUUACAGUGGACUGAGCAUAAAUCUCCGGACGGAAGGACGUAUUAUUAUAAUGCUGAAACAAAGCAGUCAACGUGGGAAAAACCAGAUGACAUGAAGACACCUGCAGAGCAAUUAUUAUCCAAAUGCCCCUGGAAGGAGUUCAAAUCGGACUCUGGCAAGCCGUAUUACUACAACUCCCAGACCAAGGAGUCACGAUGGGCCAAACCUAAAGAGCUGGAAGAGGUUGAAGUAAUGAUUAAAGCUGAAGAGAACAGUAGUGCCAGCGAAGAGCCAAUGCCAGUUGCGGUGCCUGCCGCACCAACCAUAGAGGUGAAUUCCAUGCCAACUCCUCAGGCAAUUGAAUCAGAAAUAGCACAUUCAGAUCCAACAACGCCAGCCAUAGAUACAGAAACUGCUGUUGCAGAGACAGAAGAACAGCCAGCACCCAUCGCCUCUUCAUUACAAGAGAAGGAGGUAGAGGCUAUCGGCAAUGCUGUAACAGAACAACCCCCUAAAGCAGAAACCCCUGUUGAAUCAACUCCUGUAGAGGAAAAAGAAGAGGAGAAAGCUCCUAAAAAAGUUUAUACUUGGAACACUAAGGAAGAAGCUAAACAAGCAUUUAAGGAACUUCUUAAAGAAAAGCGUGUUCCAUCCAAUGCAACUUGGGAACAAGCCAUGAAAAUGAUCAUUAAUGAUCCCAGAUACAGUGCUUUGGCAAAGCUGAGUGAGAAGAAACAAGCGUAUAAUGCAUACAAAGUGCAGACUGAGAAAGAAGAAAAAGAGGAGGCCAGACUGAAAUACAAAGAAGCCAAGGAGUCCUUCCAAAAGUUUUUAGAGAACCAUGAAAAAAUGACCUCUACAACCCGAUACAAGAAAGCAGAGCAGAUGUUUGGAGAUCAUGAAGUAUGGAAUGCAAUUACUGAGAGGGACCGGCUUGAGAUCUAUGAAGAUGUUCUGUUCUUCCUUGCAAAGAAAGAAAAGGAACAAGCAAAGCAGCUACGGAAGAGAAACUGGGAAGCCUUGAAAAAUAUACUCGACAACAUGACAAACGUGACCUACAGCACCACUUGGUCGGAAGCCCAGCAGUACCUCAUGGACAACCCAACGUUUGCAGAGGACGAGGAGCUGCAGAAUAUGGACAAGGAGGAUGCCCUAAUAUGCUUUGAGGAACAUAUUCGUACUUUGGAAAAAGAAGAGGAAGAUGAGAAGCAGAAGGCUUUGCUUAGAGAAAGACGGCGGCAGAGGAAAAACAGGGAAUCUUUUCAGAUCUUUUUAGAUGAAUUGCACGAUCACGGUCAAUUGCAUUCCAUGUCGUCUUGGAUGGAAUUAUAUCCAACCGUUAGUUCUGACAUAAGGUUUGCCAACAUGCUGGGUCAACCAGGACCGGGGCCCAAAACUGCACUGCAUACUCAAGGAUCCACUGCGUUAGACCUCUUUAAAUUUUAUGUAGAGGGACUGAAAGCAAGAUACCAUGAUGAGAAGAAGAUCAUAAAAGAUAUUCUAAGGGAUAAAAGCUUUGUGGUGGAGCUCAGUACCACUUUUGAUGAUUUCGUCACUGUUAUCAGCUCUACCAAAAGGGCAACUACAUUAGAUGCCGGAAAUAUCAAACUGGCCUUUAACAGCCUACUAGAGAAAGCAGAGGCCCGGGAACGAGAGCGAGAAAAGGAAGAGGCGAGGAAAAUGAAGAGAAAGGAAUCUGCUUUCAAGAGCAUGUUAAAGCAAGCAGCUCCUCCCAUUGAAGGAGACUCUGUAUGGGAAGAGGUUCGGGAACGGUUCACCAAGGAGCCAGCCUUUGAAGAUAUCACACUGGAGUCCGAGAGGAAGAGGAUAUUUAAAGAUUUUGUCCUUGCCAUUGAGCACGAGUGUCAGCACCAUCACUCGAAAAACAGAAAGCACUCCAAGAAGUCUAAAAAGCAUCACCGGAAAAGAUCUCGCUCCCGCUCUGGUUCUGAAUCUGAGGAGGAGGACGAGAACCACACCAAAAAGAAAAGGCAGAAAUCAGACUCCAGGUCGGGGUCAGAACAUUCCUCAAGCGGCGAAUCAGAAAAAAGCUACAAGAAAACAAAGAAGCACAAAAAGAAGAGCAAGAAGAGGAGACACAAGUCGAAUUCCCCAGAAACUGAUGGAGAAAAAGAGAGGGAUCGGGAGAGAGAGAAGAAAGAGAGAGACCGGGACAGAGAAAAAGAAAAAGAGAGUGAAAAAGAUCGAUCCAAGCGAAGAUCCGAAUCCAAAUUGAAAUCUCCCAAACGGAAAGGGAGAAAAAAUUCAGGUACUUGGGACACAUCUGGAAGCGAGCUGAGCGAAGGAGAACUGGAAAAACGCAGACGGACUCUAUUAGAACAACUUGAUGAUGACCAAUAAAAUUCAUUUUACCCUGACAUCAGUUGCCUAAUUUGAGUCGAUGGCCGUUGGGCCGUUGUAGAAAUAAAACAUUUCGGUUUAAAAUAGCCCCUUUUUGUACAAAAGAGAAGUCUCCGCCGGAGAGAAUGUAGGCCUCUACUUCUUUCCUGUUGUAAAUGUUAGUUUGAAAGCGUUGCCUUACGGAGCCACGAGAGGAGAGGAUGGGCCACCGGGAAUCUAAGGGGCAAACCAUUAUCUGCAUUUUGGCUUCGGAAAGCGGAAACUGUAAUUGUAACUUUUUUUUUUUUUGAUCAAAGCGAAAAAAAAAACUAUUUUUUUAUUUGUUCUGUUUUAUUCUCUGCGUUUUCCUCCUUUUGCUUCUGAUUCCCUUCCAUGUUAUUACGUUCUGAUCGGGGAUAUUUUUGUAUAUUUUUUACAAAGUAUUAAAACCUUUGUCUUUUAGCUUUUGCGCUAGUAUUUAUUGGAGACUGGCCCGGAGUAACCGACUAAACAGCAGGAGUCCAAACGUUCCGUAUUUUAUAUGUUCCUUUAUAAAAUCCUGAAAUGAUGUAAUUUCCAUAUUUUUAUAUGACUCUUCCUCCGCUCAGUGAGGGGAUAUAUAAAUAAUGCAUUCAAUUGCUGAUUAAUGUAUUAAAAAUGAAGUUUCGCUGAAAUACUGUAUUUAAUGUACCUUGAUUUUGUACUGGGGGAAAAAAACAUUCUUUAAGCUUCCUAUGCCUUCAAUGUAAAUGUAAGUACAACGCAGAUUCGUUUGCUACUUUCAGUUCUAAAUUCUUUUUGUUGCCACCAUUAAAAAUUCCAAACUCUUUGCAACAGA